AUGUCAGGAGAAGACUAUCCUUCAGACGACGACAAGAGCUUUGUCUCGGCAAAGUCAUCGCACAAUGUAAAGACCGAAACCCGCUUCUCACCAGACGAGGAAGCCUCGAACAAAAUCAGGGCAGAUGCCAAUUCGCUCUUCGCUCACGGGUCUUUCGAAGAAGCUGUGCAGACCUACGAUCGUGCUCUCUCAUCCUGUCCCAACUACCUCGAAUAUGAGAUCGCCGUUUUACACUCCAACAUCGCCGCAUGUCACAUCAAGUCGGAACAGUGGAAAGAAGCAAUAGACAGUGCCACCAAGAGUAUAGAGUCACUGGAGCGGAUCGACCCUCUACCAAAACCGAAGGACCCUCAGGAUGCCGCCAAAGCCAAAUCCCAACCCCAGUCUGCCGUCGAGGAAGUCGACGACGAGACGGCAGAAAAGAUCGAAGCCUUGGAAAAGAGUGGAAGAACACGAGAUGAUGUGCAAAAGAUCCGCGUCAAGGCUUUCUUGAGACGGGCGAAAGCAAGGUCAGAAACAGGAGGAUGGGCUGCUCUGCAAGGCGCCUACGAAGGUGAGAAUGUUUAUGUGAUUUCGUAUCUGAACUCGCGCCUGACCUCUCUAGACUACACUUUUCUUGCAACCGUAACGAAUCUAUCGUCACUUGACAAGAAAACUGUACAAAAGUCGAUGGCUGAUAUUGGUCCAAAGCUGGAGGAUGCCAAAUCCAAGGAAAUGGCAGAGAUGAUGGGCAAGUUGAAGGGCCUAGGCAACAGCAUCUUGAAGCCUUUUGGUCUAAGUACAAACAACUUCCAGUUCGUCAAGGACGAGAAGAGUGGAGGAUACAGCAUGAAUUUCAACCAGAAUACUUGA